AUGAACGCCCUGGCCAAGAAGCUCGGCCUCUCCGACGACCUGGCGUUUUAUGACGUUUACUCCCUAGACGAGCCCGAGCUGUCCGCACAUAUCCCACGGCCGGUAUAUGCCUUGCUCACCAUCAUCCCGCUCACCCCGGCCUGGAAAGAAGACCGCGAAAAAGAAGACGCGGCACUCGGUGACCCAGCUAAAUACUAUGACGGCAGCCCAGCCGACGCCGGCGAACAGCCCAUCAUCUGGUUCGAGCAGAUCAUCGGCGACGCGUGCGGCUCGUACGGGCUGCUGCACUGCGCCAUCAAUGGCGCCGCCGCCAAGUUCAUCCUGCCGGGCAGCACCCUGGAGCAUCUGCGCAACGACGCCAUGCCGCUGGCCCGCGCCGAGCGCGCGCAGUUGCUCCACGACAGCGAAGCCUUUGAGGAAGCCCACCGGUCCGUCGCCCCGAUGGGGGACACGGCCGAGCCUGUCUCUGGGACGCCCCAUGCGCACAGAGGCCAACACUUUGUUGCUUAUGUCAAGGCGAACGGGCAUCUCUGGGAGCUUGAGGGCUGCCGCGACGGACCCCUGGACCGAGGCGAGCUUGGACCCGAGGACGAUGUCCUGAGUCCGAAGGCUCUGGCGCUCGGCCUGAAGCGUAUUGUCAACCUGGUGGCGGACUCUGGCGUGGAGGACCUGCGCUUCAGUUGCAUCGCGCUUGCUCCGAGGCAGGGUUGA